UUAAUACGAUGAAAGUACUCUAAAUCGCGAAUAUUACGGGUUUUCUGCAGUCUAAGGAGUGUGUCGUAUGCAUAGCUAUUUUGGCAGACAUUGAUAGCUUGAUUAGUAUCGAUCUUGCGUACAAAUGAAGAUAUCAGUUAGAGAUUAAGAAUAAUUCCAGUAGGCGAAAUUGCGCAUAUUAGAUUCGUUAAUCUGUUAAAUUUUGAUUAAAUUAAUGCUAAAUAAGAGAAUCUUUCAUCACGCAGUGACAAAGCAUGGUUUCAUUUAAUUUCUUCUAUAAAAAUUUACCUUUGAAGCAGUUACGAUUGGUGUAAACAGAGCGUUGCAUCACUCUUUUUAGGAUUCCAUUCUGAACAAACAAUUUGCUCGGUCUUUAAGUUCUCGCGGCCCUCUUAGUAGAUUUCGUUCAUUUCGCUAAACGAGUUGCCGCGAAUGCGGUAAAAAGAUCUCGUCCCUUAGUUUGAUCAAAUUCUUGCGCUUCUCGGCUGCGGAUGGAAAGGAUGAUUUCAGAAGCGUGCCGACACUGCUUAAAAGAUUUACCGAUCUCCGGAGAAUUCUCAAGGAUUUUAACUACUUUCCAUAGUGUGAACCACUUUCGUUCCUGACACGAUGAAAAUAAUUUAAAUGUUAUCCUUCGUAUAAUCGUAACAUUCGACCCUAAAAACGAUACAUAAAUUCCUAUGGAGAAAUAUUGUCUAUGGAAAAGUUGUAAUAUCGGAGAUGAUUUAAUAUGUAGAAGUCUAUAUGUACAUGUCUUUAUUAUCUCGUUUCCUUCCAUCCGCAUCCCACGGAACUGUAUUCUCUUUUUGUCCUCCAUUGUUCUACGACGCGUAUUCUUCUCCUAAGGGAGGUAAAAUCAGUCUGUGACUCACAAUGGUUUUGCGAAACAAUAUCUUUUAAAACGAAUAGAAUAUUCGUUAACUUCGUCCUCACCAAUAAUAUCGCUAGAAUACAAGAUUUGAACAAAAUUGAAUUAAUCAAAUCGUUUAACAGCUCGACAAAAUUCAAAACCGUAGGCUAUCUUGCGUAAUUCGUGUUACAUUGCCAGUAUCCGAGUGGCUCUAAGGAGAUCUAAAGAAACGUUCUGCCGAAGAAGGUCUAUCGUGCGCGAUCUUUUGAUUGACAUUUAUCGCAUUUACGAUAAGAAUAUCACGGUAGCAGUGUGUGCCUGUGAUCUAAGCGAAUAUCGCGCGCUUCGUCGCAUUAAUCAUUGCAUUCGUUUUCCUUUUGAAAUCCAGUAAGGACGAUUGGUAUGUACAAGAGGUUUCUCCGUAAGAUAAUUCACGACUCAGUUGAAACAGUGUCUUUAACGUGAUUCAGUUUCCACAUCGUGGACAGAACGCGAUGUGUUGUCGUCGUGUCGCGAAUGAAGGCUCGUUCAUUCGAGGGGGACAGUGCUCGAGAGGUUUCCGAUAAAAUUCGCUAGCGAGGAGGAUGGAGAGAAUUCGUGGUCCGCCGGAACACAGUUACAGAAAUGCGCGUCGACGACGACCUCGACGAGGCGACCGACGUUCGUGUCGAUUUCCAAAGAGAUCUCGGAGCAGAGUUCAAGUUCGUAUCGCUCGGUGAUUCGAGGACGAAAGCCAGUGAUUGCGUCCCUCGCUGAUCGGUGGAUCAUUGAGCGUCUUGGCUGAUUGAAUGGGAAAUAGAAACGACCAAAGGAUCCUGAAGAAGAUAUGCCUGGUAUCGUGGUAUUCCGGCGCCGAUGGAGCGUCGGCAGUGACGACCUCGUCGUGCCCGGUGCUUUCCUGUUCAUCCUGCAUCUGAUAUGGAUGACAGUACUGAGCAUCCUACUCGGAGUCCUCGAUUGGAAUCGCAAUAUUUUCUGUGUCUUUCUACUGUGGGAAUACUUCGUGGGAUACUUAGUCAUUUUCGUGUUAUCCAUGAUGGUAGAAUUUUCCAUCUGCUUUCUGGCUACAAGGGGAAGCAUCCUGGACACUGCAGCCAGAGCGCCAAUGCAAUAUAUUCUCUAUGUUCGACUUCUGCUUUUAUUGGUAGAAGCUGGCUGGUUGUGCGCAGGUAUAACGUGGUUAACGCAUUUCUACCAAAGCUGUACCAUCGGCCAAGUGAAAGAUGUAAUGUUAGGUUUAGUGGUAUCAAAUUGGUGCGUAUUGGCGUCGGUGAUGGUAACGGUGUGGUGCACAUACGACGCUGCGGGUAGAUCGUGGGUAAAAAUGAAGAAAUAUCAACGCAGCAUGAGGGAAGCGGAAUCGAGAUGCGGUAAAUUGCAUUACAACCGAAGCGGUAGCAGAAACAGAAACUGGCGGCAGAGAAAAGUUAUACGAGCGUACCAGGAUAGCUGGGACAACAGAUGCAGACUUUUAUUCUGCUGCAUGGGCAAUUCCGAUAGGAAUCGAAAUUCGUUCGCAGACAUCGCCAGAUUAUUGAGCGACUUUUUCCGAGACCUUGACGUGGUUCCAUCGGACGUGGUCGCCGGUCUGGUGUUAUUGAGAAAGUUCCAAAAAAUCGAACGGGAACUGAUAGUGAAGCAACGAAAGAACGAUACGUACGAGUUUCUAUCCGGCGUGCCAGUUACACCUCGCACUAAAUUCCUGUCCUUGACCGAGGAUGGUGAUCUGGGCCACUUUCAAUCGGCCAUUCAUUACAUGCACUUUGCCCUCGCUGCUUACGGCUGGCCCAUGUUCCUCAUUAGCCAUUCCACCGGUCUUUGUCAGCUGUGCACGAGAUUAAGAUGCGGCUGCUUCCCGUGCGGCAGGCACGAAGACGAGGCGACCGUUGUGGAAGACAAUUGUUGCCAGUGCAAUUACGCCGCACUAAGAAAGAUGGUUGACGUCGCUGAGGUGGAGGUCAUUUAUGCGACUUUUCACGUCGACGUCGGUGAGACGCCGUUCUUCGUCGCGCUCGAUUACACGAAGAAAAAGGUUGUCGUUAGUAUACGAGGAACUCUCAGCAUGAAGGAUGUAUUAACGGACUUAAACGCGGAGGGUGAAGUGUUACCAUUGUCACCACCGAGGGAGGACUGGUUAGGCCAUAAGGGUAUGGUCCAAGCAGCCGAAUACAUUCGAAAGAAACUACUCGAAGAGGAAAUUAUAUCCCGCGCGCUUGCCAAGGAUACGUCAAGGGGGACCCAUCAAUUUGGUCUGACACUCGUCGGUCAUUCUCUGGGAGCUGGUACAGCAGCUAUCUUAGCGAUUUUGCUUAAACAAGACUAUCCUGACCUGGUGUGCUUCUCGUUCGCUCCACCGGGUGGUCUCUUGAGCAUGCCUGCUCAGCAAUACUCACAGGAAUUUAUUACAUCCGUAGUAGUUGGGAAAGAUGUCGUACCUAGGAUAGGUCUUAGACAGAUGGAGAGCUUAAGAGCUGAUCUUAUCAAUGCCAUAAAAAGGAGCGUCGAUCCGAAGUGGAAAACGAUAGCGUGCUCGGUGAUGUGUUGCGGUUGUGGUUCCACCCCUACCUCGGCUGCGAAUUUAGAAGCUGGUGGAUGUAUCAGCGAGUAUCAGAGAGACAAGGACCUAGCUCGUUCGCAGACCGUUGUUCCGAGCGACUCCAGCAUCGCGUUGACAUUGCACAGGCCUCUGUAUCCACCUGGUCGAAUCAUACACGUUGUUCGACAUCAUCCCAACAAGGGAGAACAAAUGUUACACAAACAUGAACCGGUAUACCAAGCGCUUUGGGCAGGACCGUGCGACUUCGACGAGGUGUUGAUAAGCCCGGUGAUGAUACAGGACCAUAUGCCGGACAAUAUGCUGAAAGCAUUGAACAAGGUUGUAACGACCCUGGGACCGGCGAAGCCACAGAGGCUGGCUUCCGGUCACGCAUCAUCGACGGAGCCGUCGGAGGCACGCGAGGCCGUCGAGAUCCAGGAGAUGGAGGUGGAACAGGAGAUGAGAGCGUUACUCUCUUCAUCCAGCCCCGUAAAGUCGCAUCCUAGCAACCUGGCUGGGACGCCACCGCACAAACUCUGCCUGGAGACAAGCUUCACGUCGUUGCAAAGCCCCUCGGAGUUUCCUCAAGCUGGUCGCGAGCUGAGCGUCGACUCCAGGGGAAUUCCAUGGGAAUACGUCAGUCUGGCCAGCGAAUUGCUCAACACGCCCAGGGCCGACGAGACUAAAUCAUCGAAUCGUCGAGGCGACUGGGACGAGAGCUCUCGAACGGCGCCACUAGCCACGCCGGAAACUCUCUCGGAGGCGUCGAGCAGUCCACCAUCGCCGGUACCACCACCGAGACCGAUGAGGCGUACACCCAAGAUUUCGGGAAACUUGUCAACGGCGGCGGACGACUUGAAGAACAAUCUUCACUUCGCUAUGCUCUCGGCGAAGAAUUACUUCCUGAGGGAAGGGAACAACGGCAGUAACACAAGCAGCGGCAACAGCGAGGCGAGCUACGAAAGCGCCAAGAGCUUAACCGCUGGUCUUCCGCCGCCAGUACCGAGAAGACGGGACUCUGUUAUCGUCAGGAGAGAGCAAAGAGUGUGCACAGCUGCCUGCUGCAGAGACGAUUUGUCCGAAAACUCCUCGUCGCAAGCCUCUUCCCAUUCAUCUAGGGCGUCUCAAACGUCGAAUCGGGUUCAAUCAGGUUUCCCCGUGGAGGAACACGAAACGAAUGGAUCCAGCUUGGACUUUUUCGAAGCAAAAGGUUCUUCUGGACAACGUGAUAGCAGUAACGACGUGUUCCUCAGUGUCAGAAGUUCCCCAGAGUGUAAAGGUUUGAUGGCACCAGCUACGGAUUUAGGGGCAGAGUGGAAAAAGAAGUUUGACGCGACAGGACUGCCUGGUGAUGCUUCGUUACCUCUUCUGCGUGGACUAUCGCCGACACCUACGCACGGGCAACAUAGUUCGCCAUUUUUCAACGCGAAACGCAAGAAAUACGUUUAUCCGAUUACGCUGGUUGGUCGAGGCGAAAGUAGCGUUUAAUUGCAAAAUGUUAGACCGACCGGGGACCAUAGAAAUGAGAUGGGAUAGAUUUAAAGUGUCUGUGCCAAUGUCACAUUCUUCAGUGUGAUCGUUUAGAAUCAUUCCCUUAAACCCUUGGGUGGAUGAACAUAUGAAAUAUUCUAAAAUGAAGGGGCCAUAUAUCUAUGUUGCCUCUUUUUAUACGAUCUUUCACUGAAGUAUGAAGACAGUAAACGGAAACUCGAUAUGUAGAGAAGUUCUGAAAUUUCUCGAAUAAUAGAUAGAUAGUCAAAUUCGAAUAAUAUGAUUUUUAUCGUAGUAUAAAAAUACUACUUAUUGUUUUCCUUUUUGUACAGCCAUUUCUCGAAUGAGACGAAAUAUUUUCUGAUUCAGAACGUUUUCUGCCAACUAAAUGAUAAACCAAAGGACAAAUAAGAUACAGAGUUAAUUACAUAUACAUUAAAGAUCUAAUAAAUAAAUAUACAUAUAUAAAGACAAAUAAGAAAAUUAGCAAAAAGGCAGCGGAUUAUAUGAAUGACGAUUUACACGAAUGAAGAUGCCUUGUCACUCAAAAUAAAUAUCAACUUUUAAGGAUAACUUCUAAGAAUAUAGAUUCUUGUUCUUUUUAAUCUGUUGAUUGUUAUAACAUGGUAAAAACGUGUAAACGUCUAUAAAGAAGUUGCACUGGCCUACUCGUCAAUCGCAUUUAGUACCAGCUUUCUGUACAGUUUUUAAUAGAGUUGUAUGCAUGCAUUUUUGUACAGUUUUUAAUAGAGUUAACAAAGUGUGAUAUUGUCUAUAUGAUUUUGUCACUUAACAUUAUCUCUUUUACUUAAUGUUCGAGAUCUUUCAUUAUACGAUUGAACAAUACUUUCUAUUACAUUUUUUACUAAUCUUUCAAUGGAUGCAAAAAUGGGACUGAAAAGGUAUAUAGAUUACGCGUAAGAUGUAAAAUAUGUAGCUGGUAAGAAGAUAUAAUUAUGUAACAGAAAACUAUGAGCUACGAAACAUAAUUUUUAUCAACAAUCUUUUAAUAGUUGAAUCUUUAAAAUUACUGUAUUUAUGUAAAAAAAUAGAAAAAAUAUAUUUGAUCUAUUUAAUUUUUAGCUUACGCGAUAGAUAUUUAGAAAAUAUUAUACAUAUAAUAUAUAAAUAUUAGAGAAAUAUUGUAAGUGACAUUUGUAGAAUAUCAUUAGCAAAAAGUGAUACAUUGCAAAGUAAUUCAUUUAAUGUAUUAAAAUAUACUUUUCAAAAAAUAAAAAUGCCAAUUCAAUACUUUAUUUUUCCUCUCCUACUUUACUUUUUUAAUUUAAAAGCUGUUUUAUUAUAUCAACAU